AGAGUCAUAAUUCGAGCAAUGUGUAGCCAACUCUUUUGCCCUAGCGCUUCUCUCUCUUCAUAUCUCUCUCCUCUGUACCGUCUCGUUCGUUCGUCGCGAGGGUCUGAAGCAGAGAGAAUGGAUCCGGACGCGUUGGCGAAGGCGUUCGUGGAGCACUACUACUCGACGUUCGACGCGAACCGGGCGGGCCUGGCCAACCUGUACCAGGAAGGAUCGAUGCUCACCUUCGAGGGCCAGAAGAUCCAGGGCUCCCAGAGCAUCGUCGCCAAGCUCACCUCCCUCCCCUUCCAGCAGUGCCAGCACAGCAUCACCACCGUCGAUUGCCAGCCCUCCGGACCCGCCGGCGGCAUGCUCGUCUUCGUCAGCGGCAACCUCCAGCUCGCCGGCGAGCAGCACGCCCUCAAGUUCAGCCAGAUGUUCCAUUUGAUGCCAACACCACAAGGAAGCUUUUAUGUAUUCAAUGACAUUUUUCGGUUGAACUAUGCAUGAAGACAGGAUUUACAUGGUGGAUUCAACAACAGUGAGGUCGUAUUGUCAUGAUCUUGAAUGUCGAAGGACAGAAACCAUUUGCCUUAUUUCUGUAAUUUCCCUAGGCUUUACAGAGGCUGGUAUUUUCAGUCGGUGUUUUCGAUGUUCUAUUGCUGUGCUGUUCAAAAAUGUCUUUGUUGAGAUUGGUGAGAUUUGAAAAAAGAUUUCUAUACUGUUCGAUAAAAUGGAACUGUGGAGGGUCUUAAUUAGAAUUCAUGUUCAAAUUGUGUC